GCUAGAUUCUACAGCAUGGGCAACAGCACAGGAAAGACAAGUGCUGGGAAACCCACACGAGGUGAUACAAGGGGAAACACCUCGCACAAGAGACAUUUGUCAAGUGGAUGGGGCUUGGAAGGAGACAGAAUGUCGAGCUGGGUUAGGAUGGUAUUAUUUUAACACGGAUACCCAGGAAAAGUUGAUGGGUACCUUUAAUCUACGGCGGGGGAUCUCGCCGCUUCAGACAGAGUUGGAGGCCCUUAUCUGGGCAAUGCAAUGCAUGUUAAGGCAUAACAAAUUAAUUAUGGUAUUCGAGACGGACUGUUCCAAUGUGGUGAAGAUGGUGUCUAAACCAGAGUAG